AUGAAAAACAUUAAACGUUUUCGAGUUCUGGUCAUGGGCAGAGCGAAUGCUGGGAAAACCACCGUCCUCCAAAGAGUCUGCAACUCUACCGAAAAACCAGAGAUCUUCGAUGCGAAAGGAAACAAGAUCGACGGUUCUGUCGUGCAAGGCACAUUGACACGUGGCUACCAUAAUAUUGAGAAUGAACUCAUAUUUCAGAGUAACCCAGGCUUUGUGUUCCACGAUUCUUGUGGGUUCGAAGCAGGGGCUGCAGAAGAGUUUGACCAGAUGAAGGACUUCGUGGUUGACCAUGCAGCCACACCGAGGGUGAAUGAACGAAUCCAUGCCAUCUGGUUUUGUAUCCCUAUGACAGACUAUCACAGGACAGUAACUGCAGCUGAGCUGAAAUUCUUCAAUGGGUGUGACACAGGACAUGUUCCUGUGAUAGUGUUGUUGACAAAAGUGGAUACCCUGAAUCUGGAUGCAAUUGAAGAACUUGAAGAUGAAGGUUGGGAGAUGGAAGUAGCACAAGAAAAGAUUGUGGAAAAGGAAAGGGAAUUGUUGGAAAAGUGGCUUGCAUACAUAAAACAUGAGCUUGGCAAGUGCAAGUUUCCACCUAAAGGAUAUGUGUCACUUCAGAAGAUGCAUCAAGAGAGUGCAGACUGCAGUGCUUUGAUACAGUGCACAGCAAAUGUAUUGAAUGAGGAAGGUUUGCAAAGGUUACUUAUAUCAACACAGCAGUCAACUAUUGCACUAUGUGUUCAAUAUGCUGUGCAUAAGUAA